AUGGCGGAUUUUAAGUGCCGUAUUUGUCUGAAAGACGCCGUGGACCCAGUGGACAUUUUUGCAAAACAAAAACAGGCUCCUCUCGAUGACAGCCUGCCCUACGAGCCGGAAGACCUUCCGGCCAAUCUGAUUAGGGAUUUCACUGGGUUGAGUGUGCAAGAAGGAGACGGCCACCAUCAGUAUUUAUGCCAGCCGUGCUUUGAGCAGCUGCGAAAGGCUUUUCGAUUCAAGCGCAAGUACUGCCGGAGCAUGCAGAGCCAGGCCCCGGUGAAGAGAGAACUAACUGACGAAGAAAUUUCUAUAAACGACGACAACUGGCCGCCAGUAAACGUGAGGAACGAGGCAGAGAUCGAUGAUGAUUGCACUUUGCCGGUGAUUAACGAGGUGGACAACGACAACACGGCGGCGGAAUAUUUUGAGAUCAUCGAGACAGACGACUUGGAUUUAUACAUCAAGACCGAGGAGGUCGUUGAGGACGAUGACGAGGUGGAGGAGAUUACCCCCAACCCGCCACGGGUGAGGAGAACUUUCACCAACAGGGUAGUGGCGCCGGUGGUUGCACCACUGCCAAAUAAUGGCGGACCACCACCGCUCCACUACCAGUGCAUACACUGCCCAAUGACGUUCACCAAGAAGAUGCAGCUCCUUCAUCACAGUCGUUCCCACAAAAAGAGGAAGCUAACAGACGCGAACGAUUAA